AUGCAUACUCGAAGUAGACGUGUAUCUCGGUGCUUAUUUGGUAAGCCAGAUCAUGAGGAGCUGGAAAAAUGGCUAACGAAAGAACUUGAAGCUAUUCAAAUAGAACGGGAGAAAGGAUAUGGUUUUGAUUUUAAAAACGACCAUCCCAUUCCAAGCACAGCGUAUAUCGUCGAAGCAGUUCCUGAAAAUAAGGUGCCGUUUUUCUAUCGAACAACUUAUUAUCCAUCAAAGGAGCAUAACAAAAAAGUUAUGUUUUCUGUUGACUGCACGGAGCAGAAACCUGAGAGAAAUAAUGAUGUGGUCGCUUAUCAUACGCGAAGUCGUGAUGCAACUGCAAAAUUGAACUUGCCUGUUCCGAAAGUUCCAAAAAAUCGUGUCAGAGUUGCAUCACAGCCUCGAAAUAGUGCUAAAAUCCAGCGACCACCACUACUGAAAACGCGGGGUGUUCGUAAGGUUUCACGAAAAUCUACUUUGCAGAAAAAGUCGAAACAAUUUCUGUUGACCAAUUACUUACCGGUUGUGAAGAAACGGCGUUCGCUUACUAAGUCAGAAUGCAGCGAAUCAUCGAAACUGCCUGAUGAUGUCCAUGCAGAAAUGGAUUGUUUGGGCACCAAAGUCAUCAAUUCCAGCAGUUCUGGUGUUAAAACUCGUUGGCAAAGUCGAAGAUGUGAAGAUCGAUCCUCAAGAAGCCUACGUUCUGCAUUUUAA